ACAGAAGUCCACUAGUUCUUGGCAGGAUGGCCUCUCAUCGUCUGCUCCUCCUUUGCCUUGCUGGACUGGUAUUUGUGUCUGAAGCUGACCCUGUGAGCACUGACGAAGACAAGUGUCCUCUGAUGGUCAAAGUCCUAGAUGCCGUUCGAGGCAGUCCUGCUGUUGGUGUGGUUGUGAAAGUGUCCAGAAAAGCUGCUGAUGACACCUGGGAGCCAUUUGCCACUGGAAAAACUGGUGAAACUGGAGAGCUGCACGGGCUCACAACCGACAGGGACUUUGUUGAAGCAAUGUACAAAGUGGAAUUAGAUACCAAAUCUUACUGGACGGCGCUUGGCAUUUCCCCAUUCCAUGAAUACGCAGAGGUGGUGUUCACAGCAAAUGACUCUGGCAAGCGCCACUAUACCAUCGCAGCCCUGCUCAGCCCCUACUCUUAUUCCACCACCGCAGUCGUCACCAACCCCAAGGCAUGAGGGACUUGGAGGAGGACUGGGCCUCAUGUAACCAAUAGCAUUCCAUUUUUACAAAAGCAGUAUUUUCAUCUAUAAGCUAUGUUAGAAACUCAGGAAGACACAUUCCUAUUAAAGCAUUUCUCAUUUCA